UACCGCCUCCUGCAUCCUAUUCCGCCCUCAGUACUCGUCCCAUCAUGCCAGUCGGAGAGGAGAAAACAUAUUACCUGCCGAACUAAUCGCACUAUUUCCUUGUAGCAAUUCAGCGCGUGCUUCGGCGCCUCCAUUAACAGUGCUGAGGCCUCGCCGGUAACUGAUUUCUGAGCUAAUGGAGGACAUAGUACAUCUACAUGUUGGUGAGUCCUGGUCAGUCAUCAUCCUCUGCUGAAUUGGAUGGGCAGAUCUGUCUCUACUUCAGGUCGAUCCGCCGUACCAUUCAGUGCAUUGCGCCUGCUAGCAUUUGCAAUACCCGAGCUUGCUCAUCCGCAGGAGACCGUGUGUCCUGCAGGCGCGUAUGUAGCUUCGGGCAUCGGGCGGAUCGGAACUCGACCCUAGUAGGCGUCUCGCUAUCUAACACCGUUAUGUUUCGGGUGCAGAGGCUUUUUAGGCGGCCACUGGGUAAAUCUGCCGCCGCCAUUGUACUGCCCAUAGUGACAAAUCGCUGGACCUCCAAUCAGGAUACGGGUUCUAACCUUCGGCGGCGGCUCCUGUGCGCCAAGUUCACAGAUUAGUGGCAGCUCAUGUGCAGAUCUUCCUUCAUUCAGAAAGGUUAUGGAGCGAAGGUGUAAUUCGCUAUACACUUCUUCCCGUGCGAAGACACAGGACCGAGCAAUAGCAGCAAUGAUGACCCUACGCGUACUGUUCAUAGCGCUUCUCGCUAUCGUAUAUAUAGGGGUACGGGACACGAACUCUGCUCCCCAACAAGGAUACAGGAUGUCACAAUCGAUUUCUCUCCUCGCCACCCUAGGCAUCGCCGCUGGUAUCUUCAUCCUCGUUCGUUCGCGUCUCUCGAAAUCCAAGCGUGGACCUCCGCCCCCUGGACCGACCCCGGUACCAUUCUUUGGCAACCUGUUCCAUAUUCCUAAAAUGUUGCCCUGGAUUGUAUAUCGUGAUUGGUCUUUGAAAUAUGGGGACGUCAUUGGUUUGCAACUUCCGGGCAACCGAAGUCUUCUCAUCCUCAAUUCAAUCGAUGCGGCAAAGGAGCUGCUCGACAAGCGGGCCGCUAUGUACUCAGAUAGACCGAAGUCCCUAGUGGUCGACCUAAUUGGAUGGAGCUGGAACACGCCGCUUAUUCCGUACGGCGAGGAAUGGAGGCGAACGCGGCGGGCAUCGUGGCAGCAUUUUACACCCAAGGUGAUGAUCAAGCACCAUCCUGUUCUAUUGCAGAAGAGCAGGCGCUUCCUACGCCUGUUGCAUGCAGAGCCAGAUCGCCUUCAAGACCUACUGGAAUUCUCGUUUGCCGCGGUUGUGCUGAAAAUCAUGUACGGCAUCGACAUUGCUCCAGGAGACCGGAACUUCGUUCCGCUGCUUCGGGAAGCCCUCGAGGGCCCUACGCAAGCCCUUCCGCAGGGGAGCUUCUUAGUCGAGCACAUUCCCAUCCUCCGGUACGUUCCUUCCUGGGUGCCGGGAGCUGGAUUUCAGAAGAAGUUCGCGCAUUGGAGGUCUCUUGCUUCAGAGGUGCUCGAGAAGCCGUUCGCCGAGGCCAAGCGCUCGUGGAAUAAGGGAGAAGGGCACUUGUCCGCCUCACACGAGAUGUUGGAGGCUAUAUCGCAAAGACAGCUCAGUUUUGCGGAGGCUGUCGACGAAGAGCGUGUAGCCAAAAUUGGUGCUGCAAACGUGUAUGCAGCUGGCGCAGACACAACGUUUGCAACCACGCUUGCGUUCUUCAUGGCCAUGGCUAUGUUCCCCGAAGUCCAAGUGAAAGCGCAAGCAGAGUUGGAUGCCGUCGUUGGCCCCGAUCGUCUGCCUGAGCAUAGCGACCGCGAAGCGCUUCCCUAUGUCAACGCCGUCGCCAAAGAGGCACUUCGGUGGUUCAACGUCGCUCCACUUGGCGUGGUCCAUCGGUCAACGGAGGAUGACGAGUACAGAGGUUACUUUCUUCCCAAGGGUACACUCGUCGUCCCGAACGUCUGGGCAAUGAUGCACGAUCCGAAGGUCUAUCCGCAGCCAGAGGUUUUCAAGCCCGAACGCUACCUCAAAGACAGUGUUCUCAACCCAGAUGUACCGGAUCCUGCAAGCGUAGUCUUUGGUUUUGGACGCAGGAUAUGCCUGGGCAAGAAUCUAGCAGACGCAUCUCUAUUCAUCAAUGUCGCGUCUAGUCUACACGUAUUCAAAAUAUCGGUACCACUGGACGAAGCUGGUCAGCCCCAUCAGGUGAAAAUUGACAUGUCUUCAGGAUUCCUAUCACAUCCCUCCGGGUUCCAAUGUAUAAUCAAACCACGUUCCCAAGCGGCUGAAGAGUUGAUUCUGGGGUCAUGACGUCUGGGAUGCACGUGUGCCAUGUUUUCGACGAGUGCCACUGAUCACGUUGGUCGUGAGGACGCAAGUCUGACAGUCGUAUCGUAUCGAACAGCCAUUAUAUCGUAACGCCCGAGUGCGGUCAUGCGGGCGAUAACAAUACCGAUGUCGGAUGAAUCAUCGUCUCCACAAGGGGGCAGGCUGCAGUAAGGCCAGCGGUAAUACUGGCGCCCUUUUAACACUAGCCUAUUUUGAGGUCGGCCUUGUCCCAGCUCGACUUCGAUCAACGCCACAGACGCUGCGGAAGCCGCCACCAAGCUGCGCAACAGACGCUGGCGAUGAUGGUUGCAUGAGAAUACAAUUG